AUGUCAUCAAUCACACCACCUGCAAAAGAACAAGUCAUACAACUCUAUAGACAGUUCAUAAGAGCUUCUUCAAGAUUUAAUAACUAUAAUUUUAGACAUUACUUUUUAAGAAGAUCAAGAGAUGCUUUUAAAGAAUCUAAAGAUGUUAAAGAUCCAGAACAAUUACACAACUUAUUAUCCAAAGCUCGUGAAGAAUUACAAGUAUUACAAAGACAAUCAUCAAUCAGUCAAAUGUAUUCUUUUGAUAAAUUAGUUGUUGAACCAUUAGAUCGUCAUCAUCGUAAUUUAAAUGAAACAAAAUAA